UCUUCUUCUGGGUUUUCAAGUUUCUCAAAGAUUUUUCAUAAAUCCUUUUUAAAGUUAGGUUUUUUAAGCGAUUGAAGUUAUAAUAAGUUUGUAUUUGUGAAUGUUGUUCAAUAGAUCCUUAAAUGAGUCUCAUACUUUUACAUUGAUAUUUUACUAGUAGUGGAAGUUCAAACUUUUCAUGGAUUUGGGGGUCUUGAAAUUAGUUGAUGAUUAUAAAUGUGUCUUCUGUGAUAAUGAUGUGCCUGAAAGAGAUAUGAAAUUGUUGAAUUGAUUAUCUCUAGUAAUUACUUUUAAUCACAUUCAUACUUUUUGGAUUCAUCUUAACUGACCGCUCAUGCUUUAUGAAUGCGUCUGUAUUCCUACAUUGUUUCUUUUAUAAAAAAAAUUUAGCUCAUGUUCAUUGUUUUGUGGUAAUUGCAAAACUUUCAUCUGGAGGGGUCUCGGCCGUUUGCGUUGAGCUAUCCCUUUAUGCACUAUAUUGUUGAUCUCUUCCAUAACCUUUGACACUGUUAUUUGUAACCAUUUUCCCUUGAAUGCGGGCUGCCUGGCCUUCAUUUCGUCCUGCUCAAAUUAUGGAUAAUGGGGAUGUGUACAAAAACCUCCGUCCUUUAGAUCUCGGCGCAUUACCUCCUUGGGACAUCACCGUUACCCUUGCUAAUGGUGGGAUGCAAAAUAUCAAGAUCCCGUACUCGGAGGGUGCCCAUGUUGUUGGUCUCCCCCUUGGUUCGGAUGUUCCUAAAGUGAUUGCAUCCAACUACAAAACCUUGUUGUGUAUGGUAAAUGGCAUGACUUCUAUCAUUACUGAUCUAACUCUAAAGUUAGAUCGACAACAGAAGGUUGCUGCUCGCCAUUUGGACAAAAUGAGUCGCUACCGCGUUGAACUUGAGGGGUGGAAACGCACAGUAGGUCAUGGUAUGGCGGUUCUUCAGGUAAUGAUGGCUCCUGUUUCUCCAUCCAAAAAGAGGAAGCUCAGUACAGAGGAAUCUGGUCCUUGUGAUACACAGGAAGUUUGUAUUGAGAAACCUGAGCACCUGCCUCCACCAACAUCUAGUGAUAAGCCGGCCAUCCCUGCUCUCCUGGUCCAGGAAUCUGUCAUAGAAGAGGAUAUGGAUGAGUCAGAUGACUUACCCCUUACUAGAGCGAAGCGUUUGCGAGGCGAAAAUCUCCCCUCAAGUGCAUCACUAACUUGUUCUAAUGUGCAAACUGAGAAGGUUGAAUCUGUUGCAGGGGUUGUGCCUGUUGGGGAAUCUGUUGAUGCUACAAUGACCUCUACCUCCACCAAAUGCCAGACUGUUGACUCCACAGCAUUACCUAUUUCGACUCCUAUGGAAAUCAUUAUUCCUCCCGUCGUAGAGUCCACAAGUGCUUCUGGUCAAGGGGAAGAUGAAGGGUUAAAAGAUGCGGAGAACUUGAAGUUGGAUGACUUACCCCUUUCUAGUAUGAAGCGUUCUGGGAGCGAAAAUGUCCCCACAAGUGCAUCACUAAUUUGUUCUGAGGUGAAAACUGAGAAGGUUGAAUCCGUUCCAGGGGCACUUGUUGUUUGGGAACCUGUUGAUGCUACAAUGACCUCUACCUCUGCCAAUUGCCAGACUGUUAACUGCACAGCAUUAACCAAUUCGACUCCUGCUGAUAACACUCUGCCCCUCAUACUGCCUACAAGUGUUUCUAGUCGAGUGGGAGAUGAAUGGUUUGAAUAUGUGGACAAUUUCAGGAUCCCAAAAGUAUACGCAGAUUUGUAUAAGAAGAUCUUUAGCAAGCAUGGGCAUAUGGCGACUAAGAAGGUCAUCAGGUCCAAUGAUGACAUACUACUUGCAGCUGUUAUUAGCUUGAUGAAGAUUGUCUCUAGGAUGGAAACUAUACGGGGUGUCGAUUUGGGUGUAGUGCUGCUUGAAAGUUGGGAAGGAGACAUUGGAGAUGCUGAGACCUUGCAAUUUAAUAUUGAGUGGCUUCGUAAGAUAUUCAAUACACUCAAGAACUCUUGGAAGUCGUCUUUCUUGAUAGAUAAAGAAGUUGAAAGCCGUGAACGAGUCUUGGAUGCAACGCAGGUGGAGUAUGCUGGUCUUCGUUCAAGAAAAGACGAACUUGAGACGGAACUUCUGGAGGUGACUAUGAAAAUUAGGGAAUUUGAAGGUAAGAUUUCAUCUGAACGGGAAGGUAUCCAAGUAAAGAUGGCAGAGAAAAACACAUUUUUGUUUGAGCCUGUUCUUGGGAAUUUGUUUAAUCUGGAGCUUACAAAUUGAUUGGAGAUGCAUCCAUAGUAUGUUGCUAAAACCGUCAGGGAUCGAAACUCGUAUAUACAGUAACCUAUAUUACGUAUUUAGUGUUUCUGCUAUGCUAGGAAACAUGGAUUCUUUUUGUUGUGUAAAGGUGUGCGUUUCAUGGUAACAUCUGAAACUGAUUCUAAUCUGAGUUUAAAUCUUGAGUAACUGUUUUCUUUG